ACUGCGCGGCGGCGACUACAGACAUGUCGGGGGUCCGGGGCCUGUGGCGGAUGCUGAGCGCUCGGCGCCUGGUGCGGGUCAAGGCGUGGCCAACAGUGUUGCAAACAGGAACCCGAGGUUUUCACUUCACUGUUGGGAACAAGAGGGCAUCUGCUAAAGUUUCAGAUUCCAUUUCUGCUCAGUAUCCAGUAGUGGACCAUGAAUUCGACGCAGUGGUGGUAGGCGCUGGAGGGGCAGGCUUGCCAGCUGCAUUUGGCCUUUCUGAGGCGGGGUUUAAUACAGCGUAUGUUACAAAGCUGUUUCCUACCAGGUCACACACUGUUGCGGCGCAGGGAGGAAUCAAUGCUGCUCUGGGGAACAUGGAGGAGGACAACUGGAGGUGGCAUUUCUACGACACCGUGAAGGGCUCCGACUGGCUGGGGGACCAGGAUGCCAUCCACUACAUGGUGGAGCAGGCCCCCGCUGCCGUGGUCGAGCUAGAAAAUUAUGGCUUGCCAUUUAGCAGAACUGAAGAUGGGAAGAUUUAUCAGCGUGCAUUUGGUGGACAGAGCCUCAAGUUUGGAAAGGGCGGGCAGGCCCGUUGGUGCUGCUGUGUGGCUGAUCGGACUGGCCACUCAAUAUUGCACACCUUAUACAGGAGGGUUAUAAAUGUGUGGUUUUUUGCGGGCACACGUGGUGCUGGUUGUCUCAUUACGGAAGGAUGUCGUGGAGAGGGAGGCAUUCUCAUUAACAGUCAAGGCGAAAGGUUUAUGGAGCGAUACGCCCCUGUCGCGAAGGACCUGGCGUCUAGAGAUGUGGUGUCUCGGUCGAUGACUCUGGAGAUCCGCGAAGGAAGAGGCUGUGGCCCUGAGGAAGAUCACGUCUACCUGCAGCUGCACCAUCUACCUCCAGAGCAGCUGGCCACGCGCCUGCCCGGCAUUUCAGAGACAGCCAUGAUCUUCGCUGGCGUGGACGUCACGAAGGAGCCAAUCCCUGUCCUCCCCACCGUGCAUUAUAACAUGGAUGGCAUUCCCACCAGCUACAAGGGGCAGGUCCUGAGGCAUGUGAAUGGCCAGGAUCAGAUUGUGCCCGGCCUGUACACCCGUGGGGAGGCCGCCUGUGCCUCCGUACAUGGUGCCAACCGCCUCGGGGCAAACUCGCUGUUGGACCUGGUUGUUGGUCAGGCAUGUGCCCUGAGCAUCGAAAAGUCAUGCAGGCCUGGAGAUAAAGUCCCUCCAAUUAAACCAAAUGCUGGGGAAGAAUCUGUCAUGAAUCUUGACAAAUUGAGAUUUGCUGAUGGAAGCAUAAGAACAUCGGAACUGCGACUCAGUAUGCAGAAGUCAGUGCAAAAUCGUGCUGCUGUGUUCCGUGUGGGAAGCGUGUUGCAAGAAGGUUGUGGGAAAAUCAAGCUCUGCAGAGACCUGAAGGACCUGAAGACGUUCAGUCGGGGCGAGCAGACAGCAGGCUCCGUGCACACUGUUGGGCCCUGCCUUCUGCAGGGUGGGCUGGUGUCUGUCCCGUCAGUGCUGACUUAG